CUUAUGGUCAAAAAGUCAAGACAGUAAUGGCAAAUAAUGAUUUGUAUGUUGACCCUUAAUGGUCGGUAAGUAUUUAUCUUGUGAAAAUCCUUAUCUUUUUACCCUCAAUUGCACCAAGUAAACCUGGAAGAACCAGCUUGGUCCUUGUUAAAAUGUCUGCUACAACCUUUUCAAUACCCAGAUUACUCUUUCAUCUUAGUUUUGACUAAGAUAGCAUUGAAAACCUGCAAGAUAGUAGAUGGAUGGUAACUGCAUUAUUCAAAAUUAAAUCCACUGGGAUCAUCCUAGUUGGGCUUUCAUCCUCUCAAACUGUAAAUAAUUAGCUGACUAGAAGUAAUUCAUACGGUGUCUCAUAAGGUCAUCCGUUAAUGUGUUACUUGAGCUAUUGUGAGAUUAUGCAAAGGCAUGUGGCUAUUUGCCUUGUUUCUUUUGGUUUACAAAAGUUUUUUUAAAAUUGCCUGUGUUUCAUCUGAGGCUUUGUAAUGCUGACCAUAAUGUAAAUAUCCUGGUGGUUGAUACUAAUCUCAGGUAUCAGGAGGAAGGGUCACUUCUCUACCUGCAGCUCUGACAGUAACCACAGCCCAUCUUCUUGGAUAAAAAGCCUCAGUGAAGGUAUUGUGUUUAGUAAUGACAAAUGGUGUGACAUGAUGAGCAAUGGAGUAAACACUGCUCUUUUUAUCUCUUUAGCUGCUGUAGAACCUGUUACUCUCUUACUCUAUAAAUUAACAGUUGUUUAUUUACAUUCUUUUUAGUGCAUUUUUAUUUCAGGGUUUUAGCUGUGAGUUUGUUACACUGGCCUCUUCAAUAACACCUCUAUCCAAGAGAGGAGAAGGUGCCAAGUUUGGUAUUUUGGGAUCUGUAGCUCAAAGGAGGCAUCAGUUAAGUUUGAGGCCUAAGGCUUUACUGAAAUAAAGCUGCACAUAUGCAGAAGUUGUAGCUGCUGUUGAUGUGAACACUCUUGCCAAUGAUGUUUAUAAGCAUAACUUUCCCAGCACACCAUUGUGGGCGAAGACUAUUGAGGGCAUAACACUGAAAGAAUUUGACAGAUUAUCUUUUGAUAUGAUUUUGAUGAGUCCUCCCUGUCAGCCAUUUACAAGAAUUGGCCUGCAAGGUGAUGUGUCCGAUCCACGGACGAAGAGCUUUCUUUAUAUCCUUGAUAUUCUCCCAAGGCUUCAGAAGCUUCCAAAAUACCUACUUUUAGAAAACGUUAAAGGAUUUGAAUCCUCUUCUGCAAGAAAUGAACUUUUGCAAACACUAGCAACAUGUGGAUUUAAAUAUCAGGAAUUUCUCUUGUCUCCAACCUGUCUUGGCAUUCCCAAUUCUAGGCUGCGGUAUUUUCUAAUUGCAAGGCUUCACCAAGAACCAUUUUCCUUUCAAGCUCCUGGUCAAAUAUUGACAAGAUUCCCAGAUCAGGAUCCAGAAGAUUUACUCAAUGAAGAGGUUGCUGACAAAGUGGGUGAAACCAGUUCAUCUUUGUCCUCUGAAAAGAAGAAUCUGCAUCCAAACAUUGAUCCAGAUUGUAGCAGCAACAAGAGUUUACCAAAAAGGGCCUUUCUAUUUAAGCUUGAAACAGUAGAAGAAAUGCAAAGGAAACAUAAUCAGGAUAAUGAUUCCUCUAUUCAAAUGCUGAAAGACUUUUUGGAAGAGGAAAAUGAAGAAAUGAGUCAGUAUUUUUUAUCACCAAAGUCCUUACUGCGCUAUGCUUUCUUGUUAGACAUUGUUAAACCCACCUGCAGGAGAUCCACGUGCUUUACAAAAGGGUAUGGACACUAUGUAGAAGGGACUGGCUCAGUUCUGCAGACAGCAGUAGAUGUACAGCUUGAAUCAGUGUUCAAACAUAUUGACAAGUUACCAGAAGAAGAGAAGCUUAUGAAAUUGUCAACACUAAAACUGAGGUACUUUACCCCAAGAGAAAUAGCAAAUCUUCAUGGAUUCCCUUUGGAAUUUGGUUUUCCUGAAAAGGUAACAGUAAAGCAAUGCUAUCGUCUUCUGGGAAACAGCCUCAACGUACACGUGGUGGCAAAAUUGAUCUCCAUUCUACUUGAAUAAUUUAGAACCUGAAACAGAUGCAUAUGGACUGGUGACAAAAAAUACUUUAAUCUUUUAGGAGAACGCUGAUGGAACCUGGAUGAAAAACAGAGCUUACCAAGAUAUCUGUCCAGACAUUAUGCUGAACAGUUUUGAUAUAUUUUUAGUAACUUGCAUUCACGAUGGAUUUAAACUGUAUAGGUGUUUUAUUUAAAUGUCGGUUUACAGGACUUAUUUGCUUUAUUUAAAUAUUCUUUUUAGUUUGCAGAAUGGAAAUAGCAGCAUAUGCAAAUGCUUCAAUGAGAGAGGAUAAGAUUAUUUUAUUUUUUUAUCUUAAAACCAUUUUCUUAGUACUGUGUGAAACUGUGUCAAAGCUGUUUUAAUUAGGUGCAGAGACCAAGUUCUAUGUGUAAAAUGUCUUCAUCUUUAAGUGUAAAGAAGUGAUCCGUUCUGAAAAGAUUUACUGUAUAUAUAUGAAAUUUUGAUGUGAUUUUUGUAGCUCAUGAAACUAUUAAAUUCAGUAUUUUAUAUACAA